UCGUGUAAUUGUCAAAAAAAAGAUUAAUUUUAACACACGUCUGUAAUUUUCAUCGCAUUUAUCGUUAAUUCGUCGCAAUUUAAAGAAGAAUUCAAGAACUUUUAAUACAAAAAUGAGAUUGAAUAGUUUAAUUUUUGCAUUUGUGAUUUUAUUCAGUGUUGUUUCAGCAAGAAUCGACCCUAAAAACUUAAAAUGUUUGGUUUGUCGGACGACGUUUGAGGAGCUUCACCAGGUGAUAAAAAGCAUAGAUAAAUGGAAAAGAGUCGAUGUUGGCAACUUCAGAAUGGACAAAGAUGGCAACACAAUGCAGCAGAAAGUGCCCGCUCAUCGGUCUGCGGUCUACAUUUCUGAACUUAUUGAUGAGAUCUGCAAAAAGAUGGAUGACUACGUCCGCGUUUACUACAAGUCGACCGGUAAACUGACGAUAAUGCAGCUGAUGACCAAGGAGGGCGGCAUGAACCCUGAAUUCUCGAAGACCAAAUUCGUCACCGACGACGACCUGAACAAAAGCUUGGAGUAUUACUGCGAACGUAUGUUUGAAGACAACGAGGACGAGAUCACGUCUUUGUACGUGAAGCGACCCGACGAUGACGUCAUGCCGGACGCGGAACGCGAGAUAUGCUUCAACCACGCCAAGUAUUGCGAGGAGUGGAUGUUACCCACUGAAGAGGACACGACUUGGACCAGAGAAAUGGAGGAGGAGUAUGUCAAGGUCCACGGGCCGGACCCGUACGGCUUUGGGGGCGUGCCGCCGCCCGCCCAUCCCGACCUGUCCGAGGACUACGACGACACCGACCAACAGACCGACGACUUCGGCGACGACAUCAGGGACGAGCUCUAGGCCCCACGGCGCCGGUACUACACUCAUUUCAGUUAAAAUAUACUUUAUAAACAAUCUCAAAGGAGCAUUGCAUUAACAAAAUAAAACUACCCGCGCGCCAUCUAGCGUGAGUCUCUACAAGCUCUCUCCGUAGUGCCAACCACAGUCGCAUAAAUUUUCAAUUUGAUAAAUAAUUAAGAGCACAUACUACGUACCGACAUGCAUAAAAUUUAAACAUUCAUUGAAGUUGGAACUUACUCUGAACUGAAGCAGCUGAUUUUAUUUUAGUACAAUAGUGAUAAUGGUUAAUAGACAAUACUAUUUAUCUGCAAAUAAAGCGAAAACAAUAUGGUCUGUGGAAAAAAAUUACUGUAGACAGUAGACUGUAGACAAUGUAUCAUGUAUAAUGGACUAUAACAGUUUAUCAUACACAAUUGACUGUAGACAGUGUAGCAUACACAAUUGACUAUAGACAGUAUAGCAUACACAAAUGACUAUAGACAGUGUAGCAUACACAAUUGACUAUAGACAGUGUAGCAUACACAAUUGACUAUAGACAAUGUAUCAUACAUAAUUGACUGGACAGUACUAAAUACAAAGGUUUACAAUUCGAUGAUAUUAAAUAUUAAGCAGACUUGUGUACGUCCGUUCACUGUUAGACUACAGGGAAGAUGCCCACGGGCCGCAGUCACAUCAUAUAGGCCAUGUAAUGUUAAUUGCAUGAUUAAUCCAUAAAAAUGUAAUCAUAAUGAAUUCAAAUUACUAUUAAAUAAUUGAAUUUCUUUCAGUGAUAAUGAAGUUAAAAGUAAUUGAAUUCUGUAGCAAACUUAGUUAUUAUAUUCGACAAAGCUUUUUUAUUUGUUUUGAUAGACUCAAUAAUCUUCUGUGCUUAAUUAAUCCGGAGCUAACCGAAAUAAUUGUUUCAAUAAAAAUAUAUUUUAACUGAAAUAUGUUUGAAGUUUAUUAUCAUUAUUAUUGUAGUACUACUACUCUACACGUGUCUUCCGCAGUGCCUUGUAUUAGUUUUGUGUUUUAGGUCUUUGAGGUAUUCAGAUAGUUUUCUUAGUGAUUAAUUAAAUUAUUUGUUAAUUGACUUAAAACUGUCAUCACAUAUCAAUUAUUAUUACCAUAUUAUCUGGAACCGCUGCGUUCAUCGACAGUGCGUUUCCAAAGAUCUUUUUUGCCACGUACCAUCCGGCUAUGGAAUGAGCUCCCCUCCACGGUGUUUCCCAAGCGCUAUGACAUGUCCUUCUUCAAACGAGGCUUGCGGAGAGUAUGGUAGGCAGCGGCUUGGCUCUGCCCGUGGCAUUGCUGACGUCCAUGAGCGACGGUGACCACUUACCAUCAGGUGGGCCGUACGCUCGUAUGCCUACAAAGGCAAUAAAAAAAAAUAAAAUAAAAAAAUUACACAUAUCAGUUCAUCUAUUAAAAGCGAUCACUAUAUAUAGAAGGGUGAAAGAGAAUUUGGUCUAAGCGAAAUUUUGCUUAAUACGUGCCAUUUAUCUUUAUAAUUAGAGGUGCGUUUUGAUUUGAUACUAGCGGCCCGCUCCGGCUCCGCUCGGGUCUUUAACAAAAAUUUUAACGAUAUUUGACAUGGUUUUAUUUUUUUUAAAUAAAAGAACACUUAUUGCGGCACAAACAUAAUAGUUAGACGUAUGCUGUCGCGACACUUUUUGUAAAUGAUAAUGUGUUCUACAAAGUCGUAGUACAUUAUUUUAUUCUAUCAUCAAUAAUUUUCGCAGGGCACGGGAUGUAAAGAAUAUUUAGGUAAUUUUUUUACACGUUGGGUUACAUUAUUGGAGUUUUAGUAGGGAUCCCUAAUUUUUUUUUCAGAAAAGAUUAUAACCUAUGUCACUCGGAAAUAGUGUAGCUUCCAAACAGUGAAAGAAUUUCUUAAAUCGGUUCACUAGUUUCGGAGCCUAUUCAAUACAAACAAACAAACAAAUCUUUCCUCUUUAUAUUAGUAUAGAUUAACAUCAACAGUUCGAUUUUUCUAAUUGAACUUCAAUUAAGUUUACUCCAUUCAAAUAAAUAGCUGAAGAAGUUUUUUUGUUAUGAUUUUUUUUUCCAAAUUUUAAACUUUAAAUAGCUCUCCUGUAAAGUUGCAAAAAUGUCGCUUAAACCAAUUAGCUUUUCACCCGUCGAUAUGAUUUCAUGGUUAAUGACUGCGUUUUUUAGAGUAUAAGUACUCUAUAGUUAGCUAGCCACUUUUGCCCUAUGACGUCAUCCGGAGUGAAGGUAGGUCGCGUUUGGGCGGGUGACGUCAUUUCUAAAUAAGAAUUGUUCUCUGCCCCCUCCCAUUGUCAGAGUUUGUUCCCAGUGUUACGAAUUACGAAAGGAAUUACUUUGGUUUUUACAAUUGAAAUUUUAAUAGUGAAUAUUUCACUCUAAAAUUGGUGUUACAGUUAUUUUUUUUUUUGUAUUAGAUGAAAUUCAAUUUUAUCUGAUACAAAAAAUUGAGUUUAUUAUUCGACUUACAAAAAUGUAAUUUAUAAUUUUUUUUGUUAUGUGUAUAUUGAAAAAAAAAUACAGGUGAAUGUGUGUCACAAAAAUUCAUUCUUGUUUCAUUUUGAGUAUUAAUAUGUAAUUAACAAAAAUAAAUGAGCAUUCGCAUUGUAUUUACAUGUUGUGAAUGUGUAGUCGGAAUCUGUGAUUACUUGAUUAUGGUAAAGACAAUUAAUUAUAUCAGCAAACUUUGAUAAAAUUAUCAUCAGUGUGGUGAAGUUCAUAGUCGAUAUUUGCAUAUCGCCCUCAUUGGGUUAGUAUUUAAAUUUUUUUAGAUGUUACUACAAACGCCAUUACAUUCCCAAAUUGAUUGUUUUGGGUAGAUUAUAGUUUUUUUUUAGCACUAGUAAUGGUUUUGAACCAUACAGCUUAUGCGGUCACUGACAAUAAGCGCGAGAUGAAACUUUAAGAAUAAUUUGGACACAAAGUGGCAUGUUCUCUGUUCUCUCAAACAUUCAAAUCAAAGUGGUUGUGAUUAGUAUACACAUUAUCUAUUGGACUAAAUCAGGACCAUAAGGAAAAUAUAUUUAUGUAUACAUAUUUAUUCAGGCUACCGAGGGAGUCAUUAGGCAUUAUACAGGGUAAGGACGCGUAUCGUCUGAUUGGUCGCAUUGAACCUAUAAAAAACUGGGCUUUGGCAUUGUUUGUAAUGUAAAAAAAAAAAGUUAUUUUAUCUGUGGAACGAUUUUGCGUAACCAAUAUGGAGGGUAGAUGUAAGGAGCACCAUCUUGUAUAAGGGCAUGAAAAAGUGUCUGCCUGUAUACAGCAAGCUAUUUUUAGGAGAUUCAUCGAAAUAGCGCUAGUGUAGGUAUUGGAAAUUAUAUGAUUAUAGCAGUUUUAGAGUGAAGUGUGGUAGUUUAAGCUGUUUUAAAAUCCUCCCACUUGCUACAAUGACGCCACCUUAAUUGGCUUCCUUUGAGCGGACAUCUUUUAAAACACUGGUACAACACAGCUGGUACUCCUUGCUUCUACUCUCCACAGUAGCCAAUCCUUUUAAGAAGUACUAUGUUGUCUGUGAAACAUCAAUUUUGAAUACCGAUUCGGUAACAGAUAUUACUCUCUGGUAUUCUUGGCGGGUAGGUACUUAAUGACGCGUGAUCUGUAAUACAAUAUAGGGCCGUGUUGUAAUUCCCGCGUAAAUGAUGAGCGUCGAAAUAUUUGUAAUUCAAUUUGUUAUGUAACGGCGAAUGUCGAUGACGUAUCAUUCAAACUAAUUUUACGAUUUGUAAAGCUAUUUUAUCGUAAAACAUUGUUUUGAUUGUUUGAGACUCGUGAAAGCAAAUUACAAAUGUAUCUUUUAGAUUUAUGUUGUGUGAUAAAUUUGAUAAAAUAUAAAUAAUUGGUUUUUA